CGCUUGCUCGCUCAGUUCAAUUCUCAUUUCGCUUUUUAUCACAGCCCACUGGAGCCUGCACUGAGGAAUUAUCUGCUGUCAGGACCCGCGCCUGCACCAGGGCGAUAGGGAGAGACGGAGCCAAGGAGCCAGGCUCAGGCCACCGCAAGGUGAGGGUGCCGCCGUGCCGGAGAGGAGGAGACUCGCAACUCGCCGAUGGCGUCCUCCGCCAUGCAGAUCCUCGCCUUUGCCCUGGCGCUGCUGGGCGUCCUGGGCGCCACUGUGGCCACGCUGCUGCCCAACUGGAAGGUGAGUGCCGACGUGGGCUCCAACAUCAUGACUGCCAUCUCCCAGAUGCAGGGGCUGUGGAUGGACUGCACCUGGUACAGCACCGGCGUGUUCAGCUGCACCUUGAAGUACUCCGUGCUGUCGCUGCCCGCCUACCUGCAGACCGCCCGGACGACAAUGGUUCUGUCGUGCAUGAUGGCUUGCCUUGGCCUCUGUCUCGCUGCCCUGGGGCUCAAAUGUACCCGCUGGGGGGGCAGUCACCGGGCAAAGGGACACGCGGCCAUCGGGGCGGGGGGUUGCUUCAUCUUGGCUGGCAUCCUCUGCUUGGUGCCCGCUUCCUGGUUCACCAACGAGGUAAUCACUACCUUCCUGGACUCCAACGUACCCGAGAGCAGUAAAUACGAACCUGGGGGGGCCGUGUACGUGACCUUUGUCUCUGCCGGCCUACUGCUGGCCGGUGGGGUCAUCUUUUGUUUGUCGUGUCCCGGGAAAAGAGAGGGGCAGUUGGAUUAUACGUCGACAUCCACCUCUACCACCUUUCCUGACAAACUACUGCAGCAGCAGAUAAACCAGGAGCAAAUACAGCGCGACCAGCUCCAGCGUGACCUGAUACUGCGGGAGCAACUGCAACGGGGGCAGAAGGACUUUGAACAGCAGACGUCGCCUAAUGAGCAGUCAAGCCGCGAGCAGCUUCAAUGGAGUGACAAAGGGCCCCAGGAUGAGGCCCACGAAGCUGACGAAAUCCAGCAGGAGGAGCCUCUACAGGAGAAGCCUCUACAUGAAGACAAGGGAACGCAACAGUUCUACUCUCCAUCCAGAGUCCCUCCAAAAGACGCCCGGGCAGGCUACAGCCUGCAGGACUAUGUUUAAUAUGUUUUAUCCCUAAACCCCGCUAUUGUUAGUGGGGUGGAGGGAGAAUCCUGAGGCCAAUCUACUGGCUGCCUUUGUGAGAGGGAGAGAGUGGAGGAGAGAAAAAAAAGGGUGAGGAAGGAGGAAGGUAAUGACUUUGACAGCCUUAUCGCCUCCUCUCAUCUCUUCUCUCUUGCUACUGCAAGCGCGAGCAGUAAAGGUAUUCCCAAAGUCUUGGAGAAAGGCAGCUUGUGGAUCCAGAAUCCUGGGGUAAAUGCCUCCUUGACUGCUGCUGUGGUGGGCGGAAAGACACAAGGGUAGGGUAAGGGUAGGGUAGAGGAGAGGUGUCAUAAAAAUGCACACGUGCAGCACAAGUAUUGUAUAUCCUGUGACAAGUUCCUUUAGAAACGGACGCGGAGGCUUUUCCAUACCAAAGUGUUUCAAUGGGAAAACAUUGCUGAUGAUAAUUAGCUUCUAAUAAAAUGACAUCGUUACUUUUGCAUAGUAAGUUACCCACUGGGCACACACUGGUUGAAUAAACAUUGUUUCCAUGUCAUUUCAAUGAAAUUACGUUGAACCAACUUGGAAUAGACGUUUAAUUGAGUAGCGUCGAUGUGUCUGAAAAGCGAAGAUGUUCUUUGCAAGCUUGCAUCUCUUCGACCCCAUUUGCCUUGUGAGAUUAAAAUAAUCAUACUCAAUCCUAUUUUCAAAAGACAAACAGACUGAUUGAUAUUCAGCCUUCUUAGCAUGCUUGUUAAAUAAUGCAGCUCGUUAAAUGAUCUGUAGCUUGUUAAAUAAUGCAGUGGAAUGGAGAGUAGUUACCAAAACGAAGCUACCAAAGCAUGUGCCUAAAAUGUGUUUGUAGAACUUCAACUGUUUGUAAAGGAGAAUUACAGAAGACUAAAGAAAUGAAAAGGGAGUUCAGAUUCCCACCAAUACCACACACACACAUCCAGUCCAUCUUGGAGGAGCAUAAGGUACAUGGCACCAGGGCAGACUUAGUGAUUUGGAGGCCCCAGGCAGAGGCCAGUCUGAGCUCCUCUCCUGUCAUUUUAACUGGAAAAAUGUAUGACAUUUUAAUGUGCGAUGAACACAACCAGUCAUGAUGUUUCCAUCUGAUUGUCAAAACAAAUCGCUUAGUAGGGUCCAUUCGCACGUUCAUCCAAAAUAAUUCCAGCAUCCGAAAAGUGCACAGUGCGCACACCAACUUUCCUUUAAAUUAGCAAGUGGCUAAAACGAUCUCACCAGAGAAAGCGUCCGAGCGAACAAAACAGCACCCCUCUGUCUUACAAAAAGAGUAUGACAUUCCAAUCUUUUUAUCCUGGCAAAAUCAGAUACAGUGUCUAUAGAAAGACGACAACCCCUCGGAUUUCUGUUACAAAGUCGGAUUAUAAUGGAUGUAAUUGUUGACAAAUCAAAUCAACACAAAAUGCUCUGUAAUUUUUUAUUACAUAAAAUGUAAACACUAAUAUUGCUUGAUUUUUCCUGUGCUUAGCUCCAUCCCGUUUCUUUUCAUCCUGAAAAACUCCCCAGAUGUCAAGCAUACCCAUACCAUGAUGCA